CUGCCCCUCACACCGAUUUGAUAACGUCGUUUAUUUCGAUCUUUUUUGUUAGACAUGCCAACUCCAAAGUUCACUGUGGCCAUUUGCGGUGGUGGAAUCGCCGGACUGAUGACCGCUAUUGCCCUUGCUCGGCUAUCUUCCAGGAAGGACUUUCGCAUCGAUAUCUAUGAAGCGAAACAAGAAUUCACCGAAAUCGGGGCAGGCGUCGCCAUCCGGCAGAGACCUUGGAAUAUCGUCAAGGCGCUUGGACUUGAGACGGCACUCAGGGAAUUCACCGAGGUUCCAGAUAACGAGGAUGAGCCUCGAUUAAUGUUUGAGAUGCGCAAAUCUGACCAAGCCAUAGGUGUUCAUUUCUAUAAAACCAUGGCACCAAUGGGAAACCUCUCCUUUCAUCGAGCACAUCUCCUCAACGCUCUCGCAGUGAACCUAGAUGCCGAUACCACAGUUUCGCAUUUCUCGAAGCGAUUAGUUUCUUACGAAAUGGCGGAUAGGCCCGAUGCUGUGAAAGACUCCACAAUAACGUUGUUCUUCAAGGACGGUACCUUUGCGACCUGUGACGUGCUAAUAGGUUGUGACGGGAUCAAUUCUGCUGUGCGUGAAAAACUUCUCCAGUCGGCGGCCCGAGAUGCGCAAGGUAGGAAUGACUUUGAAGUCGCUGCAACACUUCGUGAACAUAUCAAGCCCGUUUGGAGUGGCAGCGUCGCAUAUCGAGGAAUCAUCGCUCGUGAGGUGCUGGCUGAGGUAAAUCCGAAGCACUCGGCCAUUUUCACGCCUCAGAACUACAUGGGAAAGGACAAGCAUAUUAUAGUUUUCCCAAUUUCGAAAGGACGCUUAAUCAAUGUUGUUGCUUUCUGCUCAUGGCCAAACAAUGAUGGCUCUGUUUUUGAUGGGAAGAUAGUCGAAGAAUGUUCACAGAUGGAACUACUCGAGCAGUAUCGCGGCUGGGAGGACGAAGUACCGCAACUUCUCAAGUGCAUUCAGAAACCUUCUCGUUGGGCGAUCAAUGACCUGAAACCUAUGCCAGUAAGUGUUCACAAUCAUGUUGCUCUUGCUGGAGAUGCUGCACAUGCUAUGACUCCGCACCUGGGUAUUGGGGCUGGUCAAGGAAUAGAAGACGCUUACAUUCUUGCUACGCUGUUAACACACCCACUCACUACGCGGAAAACGAUAAGGGACGCACUGAAAGUGUACGAGUCUGUACGUCUGCCGUAUGCGAACGAAAUUCAGCGCUUGUCCCGUAUCAAUGGCAAGAUAUAUGAAUUUGCGGACCCACGCUUUUCAAAUUUGCGGUUUGAUCGAGAGUUGCUGACCGAUGGUAAGAUGAAUGAGGAAGACAAGACGAGAUUAAAAGAGGUUGGGGACGCGUCGAUGACGAUUCGAGAAUGGACUUGGGCUAGGGACAUUGAGGAAGAUAGGAAGCAAGCCGUUGAAAUGUUGGCUGAGAGGCUCUGCAAAGGAGGAUAUGUGCAUAGUUCCGGUUGAUCUCAUAUGUCAAGAAUAUUCUCAAAGACGGGAACUCAU